UCGCGCCCGGCUGGCGGGGGCGCCGUCCUCCCGGGCCGUCUGCGCCGCUGUCCCGGGCCCGGCAGUGCACUGCAGGCGGGACCGCCGCGGGGGCCAUGACCGUGGAGCAGAAUGUGCUGCAGCAGAGCACGGCGCAGAAGCACCAGCAGACAUUUUUGAAUCAGCUGAGAGAAAUAACUGGGAUUAAUGAUACCCAGAUACUGCAACAAGCCCUGAAGGAUAGUAAUGGAAACUUGGAGUUAGCAGUGGCUUUCCUCACUGCAAAGAAUGCCAAGACCCCUCCACAGGAGGAGACAGCCUAUUACCAGACAGCACUUCCAGGCAACGAUAGAUACAUCAGUGUGGGAAGCCAAGCAGAUGCAAGACAAAAACAGUAUAUGUCCACCAGAGCAAGAUGCACCCCAGUUGAGCAAUCAAAAUAUGGAUCAAAAGAUAAGAGGGAUUUGGAUGUGAUAGAUCUCACUGGAGAUGACAAAGACGAUCUUCAGAGGGCAAUUGCUUUGAGCUUGGCUGAAUCAAAUAAGGCAUUCAGGGAGACUGGAAUAACCGAUGAAGAACAAGCCAUUAGCAGAGUUCUUGAAGCCAGCAUAGCAGAGAAUAAAGCAUGUUUGAAGAGAACACCUACAGAAGUUUGGAGGGAUUCUCGAAAUCCGUAUGAUAGAAAAAGACAAGACAAAGCUCCAGUUGGGCUGAAGAACGUCGGCAACACAUGCUGGUUUAGCGCUGUUAUUCAGUCAUUAUUCAAUCUUUUGGAAUUUAGAAGAUUAGUUCUGAAUUACAAGCCUCCAUCAAACGCUCAAGAUUUACCCCGAAACCAAAAGGAACAUCGGAAUUUGCCUUUUAUGCGGGAACUGAGGUAUCUCUUUGCACUUCUGGUUGGUACCAAGAGGAAAUAUGUUGACCCAUCUAGAGCAGUUGAGAUUCUGAAGGAUGCCUUCAAAUCCAAUGACUCACAGCAGCAAGAUGUGAGUGAGUUUACACACAAGUUGUUAGAUUGGUUAGAAGACGCCUUUCAAAUGAAAGCUGAAGAGGAAACGGAUGAAGAGAAGCCAAAGAACCCUAUGGUAGAGUUGUUCUACGGAAGAUUCCUAGCCGUGGGAGUGCUUGAAGGAAAAAAAUUUGAAAACACUGAAAUGUUUGGUCAGUAUCCACUUCAGGUCAACGGGUUCAAAGACCUGCAUGAGUGCCUAGAAGCUGCGAUGAUUGAAGGAGAGAUUGAAUCCUUACAUUCAGAUAAUUCGGGAAAAUCAGGUCAAGAGCAUUGGUUUACUGAGCUGCCUCCUGUAUUAACAUUUGAACUGUCAAGAUUUGAAUUUAAUCAAGCAUUGGGAAGACCAGAAAAAAUUCACAAUAAAUUAGAAUUUCCCCAAGUUUUAUAUCUGGACAGGUAUAUGCACAGAAACAGAGAAAUAACAAGAAUUAAACGUGAAGAGAUCAAAAGACUUAAAGAUUACCUCACAGUAUUACAGCAAAGAUUAGAGAGAUAUUUAAGCUAUGGUUCCGGUCCCAAAAGAUUCCCCUUGGUAGAUGUUCUACAGUAUGCAUUGGAAUUUGCCUCAAGUAAACCUGUUUGCACCUCUCCGAUUGAUGAUAUUGAAGCUAGUUCCUCAACUAGUGGCUCCAUACCAUCCCAGUCUUCACCAAGCACAACAGAACAGCAGGGAAUCCCUGCUUCAGAACUGCCCAGCUCAUCACCUGCAUCAGGUGCUGCCCUGUCACUGAGGACAGUGAUACACAAACCAUUCACUCAGUCUCGGAUUCCUCCAGAUUUACCCAUGCAUCCAGCACCAAGACACAUAACAGAAGAGGAACUGUCUGUGCUAGAGAGCUGUUUACAUCGCUGGAGGACAGAAAUAGAAAAUGACACACGAGAUCUGCAGGAAAGCAUAUCCAGAAUCCACCGAACGAUUGAACUUAUGUACUCUGACAAAUCCAUGAUCCAAGUCCCUUAUCGCCUUCAUGCUGUUUUAGUUCACGAAGGUCAGGCCAAUGCCGGGCACUAUUGGGCAUAUAUUUUUGACCAUCGUGAAAGCAGAUGGAUGAAGUACAAUGAUAUUGCUGUGACCAAGUCAUCAUGGGAAGAGCUAGUAAGGGACUCUUUUGGUGGUUAUCGAAAUGCCAGUGCUUACUGUUUGAUGUACAUAAAUGACAAGGCACAAUUCUUAAUACAAGAGGAGUUUAAUAAAGAGACUGGGCAGGCCCUUGUUGGACUAGAAACAUUGCCACCAGAUUUGAGAGAUUUUGUUGAGGAAGACAACCAACGAUUUGAGAAGGAACUCGAAGAAUGGGAUACACAACUUGCACAAAGAGCAUUGCAGGAAAAGCUUUUAGCUGCUCAAAAACUGAGGGAGGCGGAGUUUUCUGCAGCUACAGCACAAGCAGGAGGAGCAGACUAUCUAGAGCAGCCAUCAAGGAGUGACUUCUCAAAACACUGGAAAGAAGAAACCGUCCGAGUGAUCGCCAAAGCAGCGCAUGAGCAUGGAGAUAAAGGGCCCGAGACAGUUUUACAGUCGGCAAUUAAAUUGGAAUAUUCAAGAUUGGUUAAGUUGGCUCAAGAAGAUACCCCACCAGAAACAGAUUACCGUUUACAUCAUGUCCUGGUCUAUUUUAUCCAGAACCAAGCUCCAAAGAAAAUCAUUGAGAAAACAUUACUCGAACAAUUUGGAGAUAGAAAUUUGAGUUUUGAUGAAAGGUGUCACAACAUAAUGAAAGUUGCCCAAGCCAAACUGGAAAUGAUCAAACCUGAAGAAGUAAACUUGGAGGAAUAUGAGGAGUGGCAUAAAGAUUAUAAGAAAUUCAAAGAAACAUCUAUGUAUCUCAUUAUUGGGCUAGAAAAUUUCCAGAGAGAAAGUUAUAUAGAUUCUUUGCUGUUCCUUAUCUGUGCUUAUCAGAAUAACAGAGAGCUCUUGUCAAAGGGUCCUUACAGAGGGCAUGAUGGAGAGUUGAUAUCGCAUUACAGAAGGGAGUGUUUACUGAAAUUAAAUGAACAAGCAGCAGAGAUGUUCGAGUCUGGAGAGGACCGAGAAGUGAACAAUGGCUUGAUUAUUAUGAACGAGUUUAUCGUUCCUUUCUUGCCCUUGUUGCUCGUGGAUGAAAUGGAAGAGAAAGACAUCCUUGCUGUGGAAGAUAUGAGGAAUCGAUGGUGUUCGUACUUAGGGCAAGAGAUGGAAUCAAACCUUCAAGAAAAGCUGACAGAUUUUCUACCAAAACUGCUUGAUUGUUCUACCGAGAUUAAAGGUUUCCAUGAGCCUCCAAAGUUACCUUCCUAUUCCGCACAUGAACUCUGUGAGAGAUUCGCCCGAAUCAUGUUGUCCCUCAGUCGUACUCCUGCUGAUGGAAGAUAAACUGCCCAGAGUUCUCACACACUAUAGAAACUCUUUUCUUACCCCAUCUUCCUGUCACAGGAUUUGCUUGCUGCUGCUAGAGUUUUUAACUUUUUAUUUUAAUAACUGCAAAAGACAAAACGACUAUGCCGACCUUAACCAGACUGCAAACAAUAAAGCCGAGAAUCGCAUGGCAUUCAGACUUUGUUUUAUCUGGAACCGAUAUAUAAUUACAAAUCAAUUGAUUUCUUGUGGUAAAACUAUGGUUUUGCCACCUUCUAUUGCAGUAUUGCCUCUCCGUUUUCCUUAUCAACAGCUUUCCAUUUAGUCUGGAGUUUCCAAGACUAAGCCAUUAAGUGUUCAGCACUGUGUAUGAUAUAUAAUAUUUGGUAGCUUGUAAAUGAAAUCAACGAAUAAAGUUUUAUUUAUGGCUACCUA